AUGGCAGCCGCCAGUAGCGUUAGGAUGGCGGCAAUUUUCAACAUGCAGAUCUAUUUUUUGACUAUUUUUACAUUGUUUCUUUUUAUAUCAACCACACAAACUGCCCGUUUGAGUGAUCCUAAGAUAUUGCUCCCCUAUCACAGUUCUGCAAUAGUCAAUUAUACCCUUCAUGUCAAUCUGACAAGGGAUGAAGUGAAAUUUGCCGACUCCAGUUGUUUUACAUGGAGUUCAAAUACACCAGAAACUGCAUCUUUGACACUUGUUAACAGUACUGAUGGAGAGUGUGCAUUUUCUGCUAUUGUUUCUGUUAUGUCUAAAUCACCUCAUCGUAAACAAGCUAUCAUUAUGACAGAAAAUAAAGUUACUGGUGAGAAAUUGAAAUGCAUUGUGAUUGUAAAAGCUAUAUCUCAAUUUGAGAUCCAGACGACAACUAGAGCUUUGUAUUUGGAAGAUUCUCCUGAAGAACUUAUUAUACAAGGAUAUGAUGAUGCAGGGAAUGUCUUUUCCAGCUUAGCAGGAUUGGAGUUUGAAUGGAGCCUUUUAUCAGAUGCUGAAAAAAGUGAAGCUUUCGAUGCAUAUAACAUAUUAAGGAUUUUACGAUUCUUUGAAUCUGAUUAUUCAGCGCCACAACAUAUUCGUCAAAUAGAGGACAGAGGAGUACAAGGAGAUAUAAUAUUAGUGGAGGGCAUACGUACAGGAAGUGCAAAGGUCAAAGCAAGAAUUAAAGAUUCAGCUUAUAAGGAUGUUCCAACAUCAAUAGUAAAGAUAAUGGUAGUAGCCAAUUUGAACAUCAAACCUACAGAAUCUUAUGUACUGAUGUUAGCUACAGUAAAGUAUUCAGUAGAACUGGUCAAGGCUACAUCUAUCAUAGAAAUAAAUAUGCCAUCUCCACAGUUUUUGUUAGAAGUACAGGAUACAAUGAUUUGUACCUUGGAUGCCAGUACUUCAACAGCUACAGCAUUAGAACUAGGUUCUACUGAGAUUGUACUCACAGAUAAAAAUAUAAAAGAAAAUGAUAGUUUGACAAAACCAUCAGCCAUGUUAUAUGUUGUUACUGCAAGUUAUUUGGCAUUUGUUGUCCUGCCACACAGAAAAUGGGUUUUAGAAACUGGAAGAAAAUAUGAGAUCCUUAUAGAGUUAUAUGAUAAAGAUAGUCACAGAAUCCAUCCAUCUGAUAAUAUAAUUAUUGAUGCUGCCUUCCCAGACACAUAUUUUAAAUUACAUUACUCAACUAAAAAUGGGACAUAUCACACAGUAACAACAUUACAGAAGGGGAAAACAAAUAUAGAUGGAGCCCUGACAACCAUUAUAAGAAAGGAUGGAUCAGAGUAUGCCAUUAAUCCAGUAAUCAAACAGACCCAAGAUGUGGAGAUUUAUGAUCCUAUUCAAGUACACCCUCCAUUGUUAUACUUCCCAUGGGAUCCUGUUAGAGAGACAAAUCACAGAUACCAACUGAAGGCAACCGGUGGCAGUGGAGACUAUAUAUGGUCAUCAAAUAACCUUGACACAACCUCUGUCAAUGUGAGAGGGGAGAUAACUACUAGUAACUUGGGAAAAUCUAUAGUUACAGCAGCAGACACCAGAAAUCAGGCUCAUAAAGGAUCUUCUACGAUACAUGUCUUGCCACCAUCCAAAAUGGAGUUUAUACCCAAACGUGUUGAAGCCAUGGUUGACACAGAACUAGAAUUGCCUCUAGCUGUUUUUGGUUUACUAGAAGGUCGUCAGGUUAGCUUUGGUGACUGUAGAAAGAUGAGAAUAAAUGUGACAAUUACAGAUGAGGUAGUUUUCAGUAAAGUUAACGGGUCAAGUUUACCUGAAGAGGGAUGUAGAACUAUUAAGGUUAAAGCAGCACAGAAAGGUCACACACAAGUCAAAGCCUCUUAUGUCUAUGAAAAUAUCAAGUUAGAAUCAACUGUUACCAUAGCAGCCUAUGAUCCUUUAGUGCCAAUAGAUCCAGAGAAGGAAGCUGUAGUUACUAUUGGUUCUCUGAAAGAAGUUAUAUUCACAGGUGGACCACAGCCAUGGGUGCUCGAUACAUCAAAAUAUUACCAAGAUAUGUCUGAAGAGAAAGAAGAAAUAGUUAACAUAGAAAAGGUUAAACUGUAUGGAAAUGCUCGUGGUUUACAUAGUUUUUAUGUGACUUGUGAAGAUUUUGGUGUUCAGAAAUUAACCCUAAAAGUUGGUAAUGAGAAAACAGCCAAGAAUCAGUACCCUGCUGAAGAAGUAGCUAGUAUUAGAUUUAGCUGUGCAGCUCCUGUUGAAGUCCAUCUACAGCCAUCAGUUGGCUAUACAGAAGGGUUACCUCCGUGUCCAAUCAACAGUAGAGAAGUGUCACAACCAAUACCAGUUCAUUGUAGGAGAGACCUUGAUAUUUUGAUAACUGUCACAGAUUCAAAUGGCAGAAAGUUUGAUAACUUUUCUUCACUGGUUUUUGAUUGGACAUUAAGUGACCAAUCAUUGGCUUCCUUUUCUGAUUCCAUUGUAUCAUCAGUAGAGACUGUUCAUGGCAUCAGAUUAGUCAACAGUUAUAAGAAAUUAGUUCCUGUAGGAAAGACUGGUCAGUUGUCGGUCACUGGUACUGUGACAUACUAUAGUGAUGACUAUUUGAAGUCAGCAGGCUCAACCAUAACUAACCGCAUUUAUCCUAGAUUGACAAAGACAAUAGACAUACGAUUGGUAGAUGAAGCUGUGCUGACGCCUAGUGUAAUAUCUAUUUUUAAUCAUCCAUCAAAUAAAGUAACCAUUGUUGUGGAGAAAGGAUCAGGCUAUUUCUAUGUAGUACCAGAACAGAGAGGUAUUGUCAGUGUAGAUUAUCAGGAGAAAGAUAAGAGGAUUCAGGUUAAUCCCCUGAAAGAUGGAUCUCUAAGUCUGACAGUGUAUGAUUUAUGUAUAACCAUGCCACAACCUUUGACAGCCUCUGUGUAUGUGUCUGGAGUGGGAAGUGUCCUUUUGUCUGUUAUUGACAAGAUGGAAGUUGACCAUGAAGUGAAGGCUAGAGUUAAAGUAAUGGAUGUUCACAACAAACCACUAAGAGCCAGCUUCUUCACAUUGAUGGACCUCAAACUUAUACCAGCUUCUUAUAUCAUAACUGUUAGACCAGAUCCUGAUACAUAUAUAGAUGAGUUUACAGCUGUAUAUAUCUUAUACGGAGCUCAGGUUGGACAUACCACACUUCAUGCUCGGGCACAUCCACAAACAGGUGUUGUUAGAAGUCAAAGCAAACCAGUAGAGGUUUUCCCACCGUUACAGUUAAUACCAAAGAACAUAACUCUAAUUACAGGUGCUUUGUUCCAAGUUUUAAGUAAAGGAGGGCCUACACCACAAUGUACAGUACAGUUCUCAAUUAAGAACAGGAAGGUAUCUUCAGUGUCUAGAAGUGGGGUAUUGGAGGCCAUGGAGCUGGGGUCUACUGUUGUCAUUGGUCAGGCUGUAGGACAGGACCCAGAGACUGGAGAAACAGUUGUAUAUAGCCAGGAUGAUGCUAUAGUGAAUGUGAUACAGCUUGGAGAGAUAAAGAUAUUUGCUCCAUUAUCCAGACUGGAAACUGGAACUCAGAUGCCAAUGUAUGCUGUGGGACAGACUGACCAGGAGACGCCAUUUACAUUUGGUGCAGCCAGACCUCCAUUGUCCUUUACUUGGUCUGUGAACAACAAAAAUGUUGUCAUCCUAAAUAAUGUCUUCCAUAAGAGUAAUAUUAAACCCGUGGAUGAAAGUAACUUUGCUACUCAGUUGUUUGCCAAAUCACCUGGACAAGUAACGGUCAAGUUAACAGUCAGACCUCAGAGGAAUUCCAGAUCGCAGAUACUUAAGCAAGCUGAGUUAACAGAUGAACUUCAAAUACAGGUUUACCAGAAAAUGGAAGUGUUAAGUCCAAAGAUUUGUGAUGGAAAACUACUGAUAUCACCCAACAGUGAGGCUACUGUUAAAACAAACAGAGACGGAUCUGCCAGAAUGAGUUACCAGGUACUGUCUUCUAAUUCAGACAAGGCCAUCAUCACUGUCAAAGAUGGAGGAGUCAUCACAAGUGGCGCCUCCUGUGGGGAAGCACAUCUACAAAUUACAGCAUUUGAAGAUUUUGGAACAAACCAGACUGUUUUACUGCUAAUAAAGGUUAAGACUGUUGCAUACAUGAUGAUAAACUCUGAAACUGCACUGAGGACAAACAGUGGUCAACUGAAGAAAAUUCCAGUUGGUGUUACUUUGCAGUUGUCCGUCAGUUACCAUGACGAUGUUGGAGAGGAAUUUUUUGCAACCAAUGUUAAGAUGUAUUAUAGAUUGAACAGAUAUGAUCUGGUACAAAUUGGACAUGGAUCUGAUAACAAUACAUUGGUAAUGAAGGCUGCUGAAGUGGGACAAACUGUUCUCAAGGUUUGGGACAAACACAGCCCCUGGAUAGCAGAUUAUAUAAAUAUUGAUGUAGAUUAUGCCAUUGCACCAAACAGUCAUGCAGUAUUCUUAGGACAGAUUGUGUGUUACACUUCAUCACUAGUUACAGAAUCAGGUUAUAAUGGUGUAUGGCAGAAUAACAACAACAAUGUCAAGAUCACCAGUGAUAGCGGUAUUGCAGUGGCCACUAAAGUUGGAUCAUCAUUGAUCACAUAUGAAAUAUCUAGUGGUAUAACUACUUAUACAGAGGUAACAAUAGACCCAAUUAAAUCCGUAACAUUUGACACACCUUUAACCUUCCUGACCAAUGUAAAGGGAAGAUCAAGUGGAUAUUUUGUACCAGUCAGACUAGGGAAUGGACUCCAAGAUGAUAAUUGUUAUAGCAAAGUGUUGGAAGAAGACUUUCAUCCUGAUUCCAUUCCAUUCAACUGUCAACUUAGCCUGACCGAACCAGGAAGUGAAAUAUCCAUUGAUGACCUCUUCUCUGUCUUCAGCAUAUUUGACAGUAAAACUGGACAAUAUGGCUGCCAGCUCAACAAACAAGAAGCGGACAAGAUGUCACAGCAAAUCAGUACAAUGACUUCAAAUAUUCGUCUGCUUGUUAGAAUUCCCUUCCAGGACGGUCAGUCGGAAGUCAUUUCUGAAUCCAAACAAUUUGAAAUUUAUCCAGCAUUCUUUGUACAAACUUCAGAGAUUCAUCUGUCUACAGUAGCAGCAGUGUAUUCUAUCAAAAUAUCAACUAUACCUGCAUUAGCAGGAAAUAUCAAGGCAGUGGUUAGUGAUUCAGCAAUACUAGAAUCUCUGAAACCAGAACAAGACACACAGUCUAAAUCGGUUCUUUAUCCAAUCAGAUUGCUUGACUCUGCUGCACUUUGGGACAGAGAAACACUUGAUGUGUCAGUAAAUAUGAUUUGUGCAAAGACAGGUCAAGAAGUUAAGGUUCCUGUUAGCAUAAGAUUAAUUGGACAGAAGCCUGAAUAUUUAGAUGAUUAUGGAGCACAUAGAGGUUGGACAACUCUGAUCAGACAGUUAUUUAAUAAUUAUCCAUACUGGCUGUUUAUGUUCUUCAUGAUAUUUACCACAGCAUUACUGGCACUUCUGGGUUUUCAUUAUCUAUUUGGAAAAAAAUACACAGCUGUUCCAAAUGCAGUAUUUAUACCUGGACCAGCUGGGGCUUCCUCACCUUACAACAUACAAAAUUUAUCAGGUUCACCGCCAGCGUAUUCACCAUCUAAAUCACAAUCACCAUACCUCUGGUCACCAGGUUAUCAUCCUCAGGAUGGGUCCAGUCCUGGACGACGGAGAUCACCAUACAUAAACAGACCUGUCUCACCAAUGUGAUGAACAUCUUUCAUAGGAAUAAUGCUCAUGUUAUGUACAAAUGAAAGUGAUUUGCAGUUUCAGUAAUGAACAUAGUGCAAGUUAAAGUUGUCAGGAAAAUGCAAGCAUGAAGUCAAAAGUCUCAAAAUCAUGAAAAAAACUUGCAUCUUUUCAUCUUCUAUGUUACUGGAGUAUUUUUGGAGAAAGAUCUUAUCGCUAUUUGUGCAGCUGGGACACUUGAACUAUUAAUGUCAUACAACAAUCACUUUUGCAUUGUAGUGUCGGACAUUUUCUUUUGUGACAUCAAAAUUUUAUGGUAAUGUUUGCAAUGUCCAGUAAUGGCGGACAAAUAGCGAUAAGGUGUAUUGUUCUGAGGUGAAGGAUGAAGAUGGAUUUUAUGGGUUUGCUGGGAU